GUGAUACUUGCCUAAAUAGGUCACUUACACACAAAUUGGGUCAGUGUAAUCAGUUACCGCUCGUUAUCACAACCAUGGCCGAGACGCCUGCAGAGCUCGCGUUGGAGACGCUGAAGACGCUAAUUUUUACAGUUUAUUACCUGUUAGAGGCCUUUAUAUUGCUGUUUAUACCAUGGAGUUGGCGAAUGAAAGACAUUACGGAAGAUACAGUGUUGGUCACUGGAGCAGGUAGCGGUAUUGGGCGACUUAUGGCCAUCAAGUUUGCCAAGAAGGGUGCUAAACUAGUCCUGUGGGAUAUCAAUGAGACGGCGAUUGAAGAGACGGCAACGGAAAUAAAGAAAUAUGGCGGCAGAGUGUUUACUUAUAAAUGCGAUCUCAGCAAGAGAGAUGAAAUAUACACAGUGGCAGAGAAGGUUAAACAAGAUGGUCUAGAUGUCACCAUACUGGUCAACAAUGCAGGAAUUGUGACAGGGAAGAAGUACCUGGACUGUCCCGACAACAUGAUUGAGAAAACUAUGGCAGUGAACUCCAUGGCGCAUUUCUGGACAGUAAAAGCCUUCCUACCAUCGAUGCUACGUAAAAACCAUGGUCACAUCGUGUCAAUUGCAAGCUCUGCUGGACUUGUUGGGGUUACAGGCCUUGCUGACUACUGCGCCAGUAAAUUUGCCGCUGUUGGCUUUGACGAAUCAUUGAAAUAUGAGCUGAACGCCAUGGGUAAAGAUGGCGUCCACACCACUGUGGUAUGUCCCUAUUAUAUCAACACUGGGAUGUUUGAAGGUGUGAAGACAAGGUUUCCUAAGGUCCUGCCAAUUGUCAACCAGGAUUAUGCGGCCAGUAGAAUUGUAGAUGCUGUUCUUAUAAACCAGGAGAUUGUUUAUAUACCUCGGGUUCUUUACUUUUUCUUGGCUUUGAAAGGUCUUAUUCCAGUGAAGGUUGGCCUUCUUUUAGCACAGGCCUUUGGAAUUAAUAACUGUAUGGAUGACUUCAAGGGAAGAGCAAAGAAAGAUUAGAUAAAUUACCUAACCAGAGCAAAGAAAAUAGAGUUAUGCCAACAUUUUAUUUUACCUUUUUUUCUUUUGUUUAAAUCUAGUUUUCGAUCUUAUAUCAUAAUCAGCUAGGAAUUGGACACUUUUCAAUCAUGUUUUGUGUUCUCUAGCCAGUGAAUUAUUUUUAUUUAUUUUUUUUUUUAUUAGCCAUUUUUAAAUUUUUCAUAAAACCUGUGUUACUCCAUAAGAAUUUUUUUUCUAACUUAGCCAAUUAACCUAAUUGUCCUUUUGCAUGUUUAAAUUGUACUUAUAAGUGAUUAACUUAAAAUUCCCCAAUUGUUAGAAUGAUAGAGUGAUAGUAAACUUUGCUAUUUACUUUGCUUUUCUUCAAAAAUUACAAUAUUACCCAGUUUACAAUAAGAAUAAUUUUUUGAAUAAUAAUAUUAGAGCAAUGUUGCAUGUGUAUUUUUUUCUUUUGCCAGUGUAUGUGAUUUCAUAUGUGAUGUAAUCCAUAGGAAACUAAUAUUCUUGAAUGCCACUUUAAUUCAAUUUUUACAGUGAGCUGUCAGUUUACAUUAUUGUAUUAAAAAUGUUAAUAUUAAGUUUAACUUAGUUACUUUUUAAUCAGAUUUAUUGCCUUUGUAAGGAAUGUGGAUUUGCUAAAUAACGAUCAUGAUUGUAAAAUCCUGUUCAUGAUUAUGGCUUGUAAGUAUAUUUCAUUAUAACAUUAAUUGGCACAUUGGUGGAUGUUUUAUUGUUUUGUUCAAUUCUUAGUCUUGUGCACAAGUUUAUGUAUAUGUACAUCAGAACUGAAGUGAGUAUUAACAAGCAGAAGUAUUGUAAUUAGUGCCAAAAUUUGUCCAGAUUUUCUCCAUAUUUUUUAUGAAACUGUUGAUAUGCUAUACAUCGUGGAGCCAUAUUUCUGUAAAUUUCAAACAGUUGAUUUACUCUACCGUUCCUAUUUAUUUCCAGCAAAAAGUGAUAUAAAGAAUAGAAAAAGGGGUUUUGACUUGUUGCGUAUCAAAGAUUUUUAUUGUUAAAUUCAAUAAAAAAUUCUACAAGUUUUUGCUGACUGUAAAAAUGGAACUGUGUAGAAAUGACUGUCAGUUAUUUCAUUGAUAUUCAAAUGUCUAAUCUUGACCUACCUCAAACUUGUCAAGAAAUAUACAGGAAAUAUGUACAAAAAAUGAUACUGUUCGUGAAAUGUUUGAGAAAUCUUCACAAUUAGUAUAAUAUUUGUAUACAGCAGACUGCAUAUUUUUUCACAACUAAACUGAAUUAUUGUUUAGCUAAAAAAAGUAUUGUAGCAUGUUUUUUCUCUCUUAAAUUUAAUAAAUACCACCUGCUCAAAUCUUUUUUCCACCUUAGACACCUCAUCCAUGUAUGUCUUAAAAGUAAUUGUAAUAAUUUUUUUUCCAUUUCCAGAGUGAUUAUGUUAAAUUAUGCUAAGUCUAGUGUAUCAAAUAAAUGAUUCAGCUAAUUUUUUUGGGCAACUGCUUAUGGAAGAGGUCAGACGAACAGUUAAAAAACUACAAUAAUAACAUUCAUAAUAAUCUUA